AUGGCUGAAUCAGAAAUUUUAGUCAAGCUGAUUAUGGGGCUUUCUGAUUGUGAGAGUGAAUAUGAUGCAGAUCACAGUCUAGACGAAGUUGAUCGCGCACCACCACCAUUGACAAACAUCGAUGAUGACCUGCUCCUACAAAUUGAUGGAAAGAUAGGUGGAGAGGAUUUCGUUGAUAAGAAGCUCGUGACCCUGAAAAUCCAACAAUUCACACUUUCCCCAAUAUUCAACAGAAACUGGUGUGUUUCUGAGAAAUCCCCUGAGUUUGCAAAAAGAGUGCUUCCUAAUAAUGAUACGGCCGUCUUGAAGUUUGUACUUCCAGAAGAUAAGGCUGUUGACGCUGUGGUUGUUCUUGAGACACACUCUUUUUUUGCUUCCUAUGAGGCAGAAUUUCCCCUUUUUGUUGAAGGAAAACAGAAGACGAUUCUUAAGGCAGUGAAUAGUCCAAAUUAUAAGGCAGAUUUGAAAUACACUGUAGAAAUAGAGAAUAGACCAAGACAGUCUUUGAAAAAGAAGGCGAAGAUGGCAAUUAAGGCGGCUAAUAUACAGAAUUCGAUGACUACAAAGCAGUUUGUGAAAAAGUACAGGACGAGUGUUUCCAGCAGUAGUUCGUCUCUGUCAAGUGAGGAGCUUGAGAAAGAGAAACUAGGCCUUUUCACCAACUACAGACAGGUUCGUAGUAACGUCUUAGAGUUUCUGAAUGAAACAUCUGUGGUUUCAAUCUAUUCAUUCAUAACUGCAGUUAAAGAGGUCUCGCGGUUGUACACCAAAGUCACAGAAGUAGAAAAGCAGGCGCAACCUGGCUACCAGGAACUGUUGAAAAUACCCGCUUACGAUACGCUCGAUUUUGCUAAAUACGCUAAGGCAGCCUACUUCGCCGAACCACGCCAAAACAAUGAUGCUGAAAUUACUCAUCAAAUAUGCAACAUGCUGAAUAAAAAACCAAAAGAUCUGAUAAUGACUCAGGUUUCAGAAGGAAACAAUAUUGGAUUCAUUUUGGUGAAGCAUAAUCCAGAUACAUUGGUACUUGCAUUCAAGGGAACCAGUACUGUGACUGAAGUUGCACAUGACCUGAAUUUCACGUAUAUUGAAGCAUAUUUUGGAUCAUUCUACACACAUAAGGGAUUCUGUAACUACAUUCAACUAUGGGAAAGCAAACACAUGGAAACAGUAAAGAGAAAGAUGCAUGGAUACAGCAAUCUGGUUAUCACAGGUCAUUCACUUGGUGGAUCAGUGGCACAGCUAUGUUACACCUAUAUCAAAGAAAAGGUGCUAUUUCAGAGAAAGAGUGUCUCAUGUGUAGCAUUCAGUCCAGCACCAACAGUAGAUAUGAAUUAUGCACAAAAUGCAAAUUGUGAAAUAGUCUCCUGGGUUUAUGGCGAUGACGUAGUACCACAAUCCAGCUUAGGAUCAGCUGCAUUCCUGAAACUGUGUGUGGAUGAAUUCAACAGAGGCCGUAAGAACAUGUCACUGCUUCCUCACUGUCGUAAAAUCAGAGAAAAUAGUGAUAAGACUGUUUGCUGCCUUUAUCACCCUGGAACUGUCUAUCACCUGAUUAAAAGGGAAAAUGGCUACUGGGCCAAAACAUUCGGACUUCACGAUUUGACUGAAAUCAAACUGUUUCCAGAUUCACUGAAAGAUCACAAAUUGAUCAACUUUCUGGAUGUCUCAGUUGCUGCAGCAUAA